UGUGGGGGAGGAACGCCGGUGCUGAGCACUUUAUAAGAUUAAGCGUUCGGAAAUGUUGCGUGUGUUCUUUGGAUAUUGCCGCCACCGAGAGGAUAAAAUUUGGCUAGGCUAGGGAGGCGCAAUUAAGGGCUGAUUAUUCUGGGGUAAGAGGCAGCCAGGAGAGUUGAGAAGGGCGUAGGCAAUAGGGUUAACAGUCUGUAAGCGAGUGUUAAAAUUGUUCCGAUAGCGUGGGUGCGUGUCUCCUAAUGUGUUUUUAUGAAUGCACCUCUUGAGGACAUUAAACGUAGUAUAGGGAGGGGGAGGUCUGCGUUGUAAAAGGGAGCAUUCCAUGAAGAUGCGGUACUAUUAACAAGGUGCUAACCAUUAUGUAUGGGGGAAGAAAAAGCUCAGUGUGGCGGCAGAGGAGGUGUGGGUAGCGUGACUUUUUCGGGUGGCAGUUGUUUGAACAGGUGGCUACUGCUGGUGAUAAGGGGGUGCUAGAGACAGCUGCGCAGACGAGCUGGGUAAACAAGUUGUGUCAGUUAUUCAGUGCCAAUCUGGGUGGUCCCGUAUAGGGGUCGCCGAGCUGAUCCGAUUUAGAGAACUCAGGUUAUUUGACGAGUGCGCGCGUGUUUGUAAUGGAGAUGGGCCCCCUGCUGUCUUUCGGGGUUGGGCUCUUGCUGCUGUUUCUGUGGGCCCGCUACAAGGGGAUUGCGUAUGUGUUGGUCCAUCACCGCUGGAUUUUCGUGUGCCUUUUCCUGCUGCCCCUUUCUGUCCUUUUCGACAUCUAUUACCAGUUCCGCGCCUGGGUUGUGCAGAAGCUCCACAGUGCUCCCCGACAGCAUAACCUGCGAGUUCGUAAUAUCCAGGAGCAGGUACGAGAAUGGAAAAAAGAAGGCCAAAGAACAUACAUGUGCACAGGCCGCCCUGGCUGGCUGACAGUAUCUCUUCGUGUUGGAAAGUACAAGAAGACUCUUAAGAACAUAACAAUCAACUUGAUGGAUGUUUUGGAGGUGGACGCUGAGAGAAUGGUUGUCCGUGUGGAACCUUUGGUCUCAAUGGGACAGUUAACCGCACAUCUCAACCCCAUGGGCUGGACAAUUCCAGUGGUACCAGAACUUGAUGAUCUUACAGUAGGUGGCUUGAUCAUGGGGACUGGCAUUGAGUCUUCCUCCCAUAUUUAUGGACUAUUUCAGCAUUCUUGUGUGGCCUAUGAACUCGUUCUUGCUGAUGGGAGCCAUGUGAGAUGUACACCAGAGGAGAACUCAGAUUUGUUUUAUGCGGUGCCUUGGUCUUGUGGCACACUGGGCUUCCUGGUGGCAGCAGAAAUAAAGAUGAUCCCAGCUAAGAAAUAUGUGAAGCUACAUUAUGAGCCUGUGAGAGGAUUGAAGACAAUCUGCAAGAGAUUUGCUGAAGAAUCUGAGAAGAAAGAGAAUCAUUUUGUAGAGGGUCUGGUUUAUUCUAUGGACGAAGCUGUCAUCAUAACAGGAGUUUUGACCAAUGAAGCUGAUCAGAGCAAGAUUAAUAGAAUUGGCAACUACUACAAAACAUGGUUUUUUAAGCACGUGGAGAACCAUCUGAAGACUAAUAAGACAGGAACGGAAUAUAUUCCGACAAGGCAUUACUAUCACAGGCAUACACGGAGCAUUUUCUGGGAGCUCCAGGAUAUCAUUCCGUUUGGCAAUAACCCUGUUUUUCGCUACCUGUUCGGCUGGAUGGUUCCUCCUAAAAUCUCCCUUUUAAAAUUAACCCAAGGAGAAGCAAUUCGAAAGCUCUAUGAACAGCAUCAUGUCGUACAAGACAUGAUGAUCCCCAUGAAAAGCCUUGAACAAUGUAUUGAAACCUUCCACAGUGACAUUAAAGUUUAUCCACUGUGGCUCUGUUCCUUCAUACUACCUAAUAACCCCGGCAUGAUUCACCCAAAAGGAAACGAAGCAGAGCUCUAUGUGGAUGUAGGAGCCUACGGAGAGCCCAAAAUGAAACACUUUGAAGCCAUGGCCUCCACCAGGCAAAUAGAAAAGUUUGUAAGGAGUGUUCAUGGUUUUCAAAUGUUGUAUGCAGAUUCCUAUAUGACCCGUGAAGAAUUCUGGGAAAUGUUUGAUGGCUCCCUAUAUCACAAGCUCAGGAAACAACUUCAGUGUAACGAUGCUUUUCCAGAGGUGUAUGAUAAAAUCUGCAAAGCUGCAAGACAUUAAAUCUGAGUCGCCCAAGGAAGCAAUCACCUUUUCCACAGGUGUAUGAUAAAAGCUGCAAGGCAUUAAAUCUGACUUGCCCAAGGAAACGAUUGAGAAGCUGGAUUUAAGAAUAACUAAUUGCUCUGUCCUUAACAAAAGUAUGUUGUUGCUGUCCCAAAGGCUUCAAGCAUAUUUGUGAUUUGAGAGUACAUACUCCUGCUUUUUAUAUGCAAAUAUAACUGGUAAUUUCUUUUAAAAGUGUCUGUACUUAAUAAUUUUUAUAGGAAUUUCCAUUAUUAACAUAUAAGAUUUAAUUAAAGGUUUGCUGUAGAUUUAGUGAUAUCCUAUAGAAGGAGAAUGGAAAAAAUCAGAGCGUUGAAGACUUAUAGAUAAAACUACAAUCCAGCAAGUUAAUUGCCAGUGGGAGUUUUAUGGAAGCUACUACAAGUGUCAUUGGUUGGGAUCCUAUAGUUUAGAACAUCACCUCUUUCUGAGGGUAGUGCCAAAUACCUGCCAAAUGAGACUGCCUUUCAAAUUAUGUCACAGUUGCCUAUAUCAUAUCUCUAACCUUGCCCAGGAUUGCCAUUUUAAUUGUUAAAAGUAACCAUGCAUUAGACUCACAGUUGUAGAUCUGUCUAACCACUUGGAAGCUAUGGUUUGGAGGCAAUUUACACUGUUCCUAACUCCAGCCUUACUCUAAUUUUAACUUUAGUUUUCUUUAGUUUUCAUCAAAGUUUCUUUGAUGCAGGGAAAGACCUGAAGGCAUGCACUGUGAAGUGAAUGAUAUAUUUAUCUUUCCUCUUUAUAAAUGCUACUGCUUUUGUCUUUCUUCUCUCCUUCCCCACCCCCGCCCCCUUCCUACAAGUUUCUUAGCACAGACUGCUGCUGGAUGGCUGUUGUUGUUUUUGGAACAUGUUAGGAUCUGUAUUUUGGGUUACAGACACAAGAUUAUAGAUUAACCAUAUGCUUGUCAGAAAUGCUAGACUGGUCUCUCUCUUAAUAGUACACAGAGAGGAUUGCUACUGACUGGACAUGAGCAAAGUGUUUUCAUUUUUGUGCCUACCUAUUUUAUGCUUUGUUUAAAUAUGUAACAAAUGGUUGUGGAGUUUUGUGAUAGAUGAUGCAAAUGUCAACUAUGAUUUGAAUCUCUUCCCCACCACCACCACCUUUCACUGUCACCCAAUUUCUCUGAUACCUUGGGGAGAAGUAUAGGUGCCUUUUAAAAGUUUUUUUUAGUGCCUUAAAUCAGCUGGAAGAAAUCUGGAUCAUUUUAGUCAUUUAUUUUCAAGAGUUCAAUAGUGUUUGGAAAUGCUGCUGGUGAGGGAGCCCUGCUGGUGAGGAGCUCCCCAGAGAGCUCGCUCAAAAGGUGGGUGGAAGCUAUUUGGCGGAAAUGGGUGAAGGUGUCAGCACAGCAUCCACUGGUUCCUGAGCAAGCCCUGUCAGUGUGUGAUAGCAACAGGCCCAAACUAGGCCUCUUCACUGCACCAGCCUGAGAGAUGUUGUAGCACAGGAGCGUUUUUUCCUGGUCCUUCCACCCUAGUCAUUGAAGCUAUAAAAGCAGCAGUAGCUAUAUCCUCCAUUAAGCCCUGCCGUAGCUGGCCAGGGGUUUGGACUAUCCACUGAAAUGUGAACUUGGCUAUUUUCUUUUUCAGAUUUCUUUGAGCUGCUUGUACAUUACAUUUUCUAACUAUUUAGGCAAAGCUUCUCUGAAGUGAUAAGCCUCCAACAUCAAUGCUUCCUGGUAAUUUAAUACAGUAGCAAUAGGUCACGUUUGACCAGGGCCCUGAACCUUCACAAAAACAAGCUGCCACUUCAUCGCAGUAAUCAACUCUGCAGGAGUCUUAGUGGGUUUAGCUCGCUAUUUUUCAUUACACCAAGAUUAACAAAAAUUUGAUCCAAAGACUAGUCAAGACUUAAAUAAUUCCAUGUGAUAAUUUUUUAAAAUUUGAACUUAGGGGGAAAUGUUUGGCUUAGUGAGACAUACAAUAUGAAAACAUCUAAGUAACUGGGAUUUUAUUUAUGAUGUCCCACUGAUAGUUUUAUUUAUCGAGAGGGAAUGAAUAAAACCAUAUUUUAGCUAUUCAGUAAUGCACACAUGUUUAAGCCAUGAUCCAUCUGACAACUAUUCCUCGAUGGGGAAAGGACCUUCUUACACUAAUGUAGCACCUACCCGGACAUCUGAAAAUCAUUCUCAUGAUGCUUGUGAGAGUAGGAAAUGGUGGUAGAAGCAAAAUGCCACCAUACCUGUGCCAGAACAUUGGAUGUAGAAUGAAUCCAGAAGUGGAUUGAGAGUUACAAUGCAAUCAAUAUUUGCCAUUUAUCUGUGCAGGGAUUGGUUCUAAAAGCACCAAAAGGUGCACGAGCCUACAAACUAGAAUGUGUCUUUACUUUCUGUUGCAUGCAUUACUGUUUCUCAUCACAGGUUACAUCUGCAAGCGUGUUUCUCUUACAACAAUUAUAGUGAAAAAGAGUCCUGAUCACUCAGAUGUUCUAAUUUUAUACCAGCAGCCACAGUGUACUUACGUUAUAACUGCCAGCUGUUUUGUACUGCUGCACUUGGGCACAACUUGUGCUAUUACCAUAAAAAUGCUAUUUUGAUGUGACUGAAUGAAAUGGUAUUGAGAAUAUUUCUGCUGUUAUCUCUGCUAACAUCACAGUUUGCUUUGAAUGGAAAAUGUCUAGAUGAUGGUCUGGCUGAGAACCAGGAAGGAGUGGAGUGUCCAGCUCCUGUAUAAGCUUGCAGUCUCAGGUGCUUCAUUGCAACAGGUCCAAGCUCCACCCUUGCUGAACUGAGGAAAUAAACACAUUCAGAGGAACUGAAUAUUGUCCACA